AUGUUAUUGGUGAAUCGCAACACAGCUCUCUGCUCCGUCUCAAUGGGACCGAACCCUAAGAUGAAGACCACCCAGUUCCUUCCCCUGCAUCAUGAGGAGGCUUUGAUCAAAGAAGAAGCAGGUCUGCCAACACAAAUAUGCGAACUAUGCCGAAACAAUCUCUCCAUAGCUUACAAAUUCAAAACGACCUGUCUAAUAGCUGAUGAAACAUUUCGUAAACUUGUUAUACCUAAAAUCAAGGAUGAGGUGUCAGAAACGGACCUCACAAACUUAGAUUAUGAGGUUAUUGAGCUUAAAGAUGAGGUUAACGCAGACCAGGAUAGUUAUAAGAAUGGUGAAUUGAACGAAGUGAAAACGGAGAGUGAGUUGGAAGAGAAUGCCCAUGGUGUAGUGAAAAAAACUAGUCAGAUUAAAGUGAAAACCAGAAAAGUACAAUCGACUACGCCAGGCAUCAGGGGGCGUCCGAGGAAAGCAGCUGGAACUCCUAAAGAGUCAAGACGGUUGAGAAAGUUCAAAUUCAAACGGUUAUGCUGUGAACCGUGCAACCUGAAGUUUGAUACAAAGGAACAGAGUGAUGACCAUAAGAAAGAAGCGCAUAAGGAUGUGUGGAUUUGUGAGGUGUGUGGUAAAAUGUUUAUCCACAGAGCUUCACACUAUACCCAUAUAAAAUCACACCAACCUCCGAACUAUGGGUGCGAUCAAUGCGAUUAUAAGACUUGGCACAAAUCUGACCUAGUCAAGCACGUGCGGAUACACGCUGGUCUAAAACUCUAUCAAUGCGAAUACUGCAGUACCUCCUACCAUACAUCUUCGAACCUGACCAGCCACAUCAGAAGACAACACAUGAACGAAAGACUGUACAACUGUAAUUUAUGUAGACGCACCUUCUUCGAGAAGACCAAACUUAAUAGACAUCUGGAUUCACAUUUUGAAAUCAAAAGGUUCGAAUGCGACGUAUGCCACGCUUGCUUCACCCGCCGAUGCUACUGGAAAAAGCACCUUCUCCGCCAGCAUGACAUCGUCACCCCCCCUCAAAGACCAGGUCGACAGAAGAUAAAUGUGGUCAUAGGAGACUAUCUGGAGAAACAAGCUAUCGGUGAUCUUUAUCAGAAUGGCAAUCAGAUUGAUAGUAAGAAGUUAUAGCAAUAAUUUAAAUGGUUUAAGUGUGGAAGAGCCAUGAAUGGGUCGGCUCGACCGGAGUGAUACCACGGCCUCACAGAAAACCGGCGUGAAACAACCACAGCGUUGUGAAUGAGGUUACUGGAGGCCCAAUCCGUCCCCAAAUCCCUUUGGUGUUGCGGAUGUUUACAAAUGGUCUCUGUCUGCUCGAUUGCCGACCCAUUCCUUAAUGAAAAGAAUGCUACUGAAUUUUGGUUCUCCUGUCUCUUCCAUAUGAGAGGGGUUAAAAGCUCUGGAGCUUUUAACCCCUCUUAUAUGGAAGAGUGCCAAACCUGGGUUUGGCACAUUAGUUGGAGAUCAAGUUAACUACCCGUGCCGAUAAAGAAUGGGAUUAGAAAUGGCGGCUCAUUGAGCUGGGAGCGUCAGCAUAAAAAUGCAAUAACAAUAAAUGUAACUAAUAAUAAUUACGUUCCGUUAAAAGUGUUUCGUUAUUUCAUGAAUUAAAAUAUUCAUUUAUUGUGUAUGUUAUUAACUUGUCUCUUGUUUUUUUUAUGUUUAAUCUUGUCAUGUUGAACUUAAAAUGUCGUAGAAAAAAUAUAUAAAAAUUAAUGGUACGGUAGUCGAAACCCUGCCGUAUAACAUAUUUAAAAGCAUAAUUAAAUUAGCCAAUAUUAAGGCAAUUACCGUGUCAAUAUUUUAAUUAUUUUAAUUUCUCUUGGACAUGUUUCUUUAUUUUCUUUGACUAUGUAGUUUAAUUUAAAUGAUCUUAAUUUUAAGUUUGAUUUUGUUCAUUAUUCUCAACACCUGUAAAGAUUAUAUUGUGAACUUUUAAAUGAAUAAAUAUCACUGAAGGGGAAGACGCGCACGCAGAAUCAAAGUCGUUAUUUUUUUUUUUGUCAGUCGGUACCAACGAGUGUGAGUAUAGACGGAAAUAGUGUGCGAGCGAGAGGUGAAUAGAUGCGCCGCCAUUUCUAAUCCUAUUCUUUAUCGGCACGGGUUACAAAAUUUAAAAUGGAUUGUUUCCAAUAUAAUAUAUUGCCCAAUAUUGGAUCCAUUGCCAUUUUAAUUUUAGAAAAAGAUAAUGUUUUUCUUUCAUGGAAAAUGCUGUAAUAAUUUUGGUGAAUUUGCAAAAGUUAUCAAUCAAAACUAGGCUGGGUCUGAACAAUGAUGUCAGUAACUUGAAAUAAGUACGGUAGUUUACAACUAGUCAAAUUCAAUACUUUUAUAUCCAAAUAUCAAAAACGAUACUUUUCUAUGAAAUUUGUAU